AUGUUGCACCAACAGGAUCCUCGUUUGCCAUUACAUGAAGGGCAGGUUAGAAACUAUAUUCAUAACAUGACAACAUUUUUUGGUGGUCUUAUCAUUGGUUUGAUCAAUUGUUGGCAGAUAGCACUUUUAACACUAGCAACUGGUCCUUUCAUUGUUGCAGCAGGAGGAAUAUCUAAUAUUUUUCUCCAUCGGUUAGCUGAAAAUAUUCAAGAUGCAUAUGCUGAAGCUGCAGCUACCAAUUUCUAUUCAUUUGAGCAAGGGAGAAUUGCCGCUUACAGACUUUUUGAGAUGAUAAGCCAUUCAAAUUCUUCUCUUAAUCAAGAUGGAAGUACCUUAGCUACAAUGCAAGGAAAUAUUGAGUUCAAGAAUGUUUACUUCAGCUAUCUUUCACGUCCAAAAAUUCCCAUACUGAGUGACUUUUACCAAACUGUACCUGCUAGAAAAACUGUGGCUCUUGUUGGUAGGAAUGGUUCUAGAAAAAGUAGUAUAAUUCCCCUUAUGGAGCGUUUCUAUGAUCCUACCUUAGGUGAAGUUAUAUUGGAUGGGGAGAAUAUAAAACAUCUGAAGUUGGAAUGGUUGAGAAGCCAAAUUGGACAAGUUACCCAGGAACCAGCUUUGUUAAGUUUGAGCAUCAAGGAUAAUAUAGCUUAUGGAAGAUCUGCUACAUUUGAUCAGAUUGAAGAAUAUCAAAUGGACUGCAAGAAGUUCUUGCAAUUCAUUAAAGAUAAGAAGAAGAGAAUUGAUCUGGAUCAAAAAGAGGCCUCCUUGAAAUGGAAGCAGAAGCUUAAAACUGUUGCUAAGGCGAAGGCUGAUGCAGAAGCAAAGGAGUCAAAAUUAAAGGCUUCAACAAAGCACAAAAGAAGAUCUUACUCUGAAUCAGAUAGUGGCAAUGAAGAUAACAUGUACAACAUAUUUUAA